GUAUAUCCACACAAACUGAAGGAACUCCUUUGGAGGAAAACAAAUUUGCAAAGCCGUUGCCUCCGCAAAAUUCUAGUGAGGGAAUGUCUGCUAAUGAACUGCGACUUCUUGACUGUGAACGGCAAAUUGAGCAACUUGAAAUUCAGAAUGCACAAAUGCGUGAACAAUUGAUUAUUUUUGGUGAUCGUGCUAAAAAUGUAGAAUUGUUGGAAGAACAAAAAGAUGACUUAAAAUUGCAACUUUCAAUACUUGUUCGACAAAAUCAAAAAUUACUUGACGAACAAGAGCAAUUUAAAUCAGCAUUUUCUGGUGGAGAAGAACAACUUAGAUUAAAAAAUGAGAAUUUAACAAAAAGAUUAAAGAUUUUAGAAGAUCAAAGGGAAGGUUUAAGUUUGGCAGAAUCUCGACGUAUUGCCAAAAUUUUUAAGCAGAAAUAUGAAAAGGAAAUGGCACAACUUCGAAGCAAACUUGAAGAAUAUGAGAAAGGUUCUGAUACAACAAGAAUUUGUCGUUUUGUUCAACGCAAUCCUUUGGAUGAAGCACAUGACGACCAUGUAGUUAAACAAGUAGCUGCUGAAGCUACUGCUGCUGCGAAGUUUGGUGUUAAUUCUUUGAAGAGACGCAAAAUGGUUAGUUUAUUUUUUUUUAUUUCCGAGAUUUGACUGGUUAGGACUGAAUUUU